AUGUACGAUACGACAUUUAUCAAUGCUGCUGUGUUGGGUUUUGAGCUACCCUGGCACACUGCGUACCCAAGGAACGCCAUGGUAAAAAUUUGCGUUGAGGAGACCGGAGAGUGCGUCGCCGGUCUCAGCCAGGGCGAGGUAAGACUUGAACGAGCUGGCGGUCCUAUACCAAUCCAGAACCGGGAGGAGGCUAUAAGCGAGCCCCGCGCCGAGCUGCAAGCUGCUCCGAAGGCUUCGUUUCGUGGCUGGCGUUGGAAUGGGACGAAGGACGUGUUCCCUGCAGCUGACUUCAACCCGGCCACAGUCAUUGACGCCGUCCUCACCUGA